AUGAUUUCCCCAACAGCCCUUGUGAUCAACAGUCUCCUGCCUCCCAGUGCUUUUGUAUGCCUUAUGCAUCCCUUAGAUAAGACCCACCCUCCCCAGGGCAGGGGGCUUACCAAAACCUCUUUCUUUUGGCUUGAAUUGACCGAUCUGGCCAUAGCCCAGGAACUCCAAGGCUCUGCACCCAUGCACCCUAAUAAAGGCAUGUGCCCCAGCUCCUGUCUCUUUCUCUCUGUCUGUACUCUGCCUGGCCUUCCCGUGUGGCCCCUUCUGGUGCGCCAUGUACUUCCCCCAGGACCUGUGACUAAUAAACCUCUCUAUUUCAAGUUCUCUUGUGGUCUGUUGGACUCUGUUGUUGGUUCACCAUCCAACACCCUGUGCUCCACUUAA